UGGAACCGGAGUCGGACUGGGGAGUUGAACUGAGCAGCAGGAGCCGCCACCGGAAAAAUCCGCCGCGCCGCGCCGCCGAUGGCCUCCGACUGCUCCCCGCCGGCGCCGGAGGCGUCGCCGCAGGGUCCUGGAGAUAAGCUGGCGGUGUUCUGGCACGAGGGCAUGCUGGCCCAUGACGCCGGCCGCGGCGUCUUCGACUCAGGUCGCGACCCGGGCUUCCUGGACGUGCUCGACCAGCACCCGGAGAACGCCGACCGCGUUCGCAACAUGGUCUCCAUCCUCCGCCGCGGGCCCAUCGCGCCCUUCCUCUCCUGGCACUCCGGCCGCCCCGCCCACGCCUCCGAGCUCCUCUCCUUCCACUCCCCAGAAUACAUAGAGGAGCUCGUGCAGGCGAACGCCAACGGAGCCAAGAAGUUCUGCGAGGGCACGUUCCUGAACCCGGGCUCCUGGGGCGCUGCGCUUCUGGCGGCCGGAACCACGCUCUCCGCGGUGAAGCACAUACUAGACGGGCACGGGAACCUGGCCUACGCGCUUGUCCGCCCCCCUGGCCAUCAUGCGCAGCCCGGUCGUGCAGAUGGCUACUGCUUUCUGAACAAUGCCGGGCUUGCUGUGCACCUGGCUCUGGAUAGCGGGCGCUCAAAGGUUGCAGUCGUUGAUAUUGAUGUGCACUAUGGGAAUGGUUCAGCAGAGGGAUUCUAUCGCACGGACAACGUGCUGACGAUUUCGCUGCACAUGAGGCAUGGGUCAUGGGGUCCAUCGCAUCCGCAGAGUGGCUCCGUCGAUGAGAUUGGUGAAGGCAAGGGGCUUGGGUACAAUCUCAAUAUACCUUUGCCUAAUGGAAGUGGAGAUGCCGGGUAUGAAUAUGCGAUGAACGAGUUGGUUGUUCCAGCGAUUGAUAAGUUUCAGCCUCAACUUUUGGUUUUUGUGGUCGGUCAAGAUUCUAGUGCGUUUGAUCCCAAUGGAAGGCAGUGUUUGACCAUGGAAGGCUAUAGGAAAAUUGGGCAAAUAAUGAGGGGCAUGGCUAAUCAGCAUAGCAAUGGGCAGAUAUUGAUUGUCCAGGAAGGGGGUUACCACAUCACAUACUCAGCAUAUUGUCUGCACGCGACACUGGAAGGUGUUCUGGAUCUGGAAGCCCCGCUGCUGGAUGACCCGAUCGCUUACUAUCCAGAGGAUGAGAGAUACACUAUGAAAGUUGUUGACAUGAUAAAGAAUUCCUGGAAAGAUUCCGUCCCUUUCCUGAAGGACAUCUAACAAGCACGUUUUAGUCCCCCUCGACUUCAAAUGAUAUUGCACAUUGUUUUGUACAUUUAUAUAGGCUUUCUAUUUAAGAACCCCCCAUUCCGAUGCAGUGCUGUACACCAUGGCAUGCCAAGUUCAGUGUUGUACUGCUGUUUGCUGCUGCUGCUGCUGCUGCUGUUCAGUUUCAGAACAUCAGGAUCUUGCUAGCCUGUUGAUAAACAGCCAAUCAUUUCCCUGAAAGCUCUUGUGGUGGCAGUAGAAGGCACGCGGUGCUUGAGACUGACAGUUGGCCAUGCCGCCGUGGUCCCAGUGGCCAAAUCUUGAUUGGCUAGUCCAAGUAAAAAGUGUGCAUGGAAGCACAAAUCUUGAUUACCAGAAUCGGAAUGUGCUUUUCAAUCUGGCUGAGCUGAUGGUCCAAAUCGGCGCAUGCCAAGGCCAGCCAAUUCCAGUGCAUGAAGCAUCUAUAUCUGUUAUUCUGUUGGAAGGAAGAGCUCAACCUUUUUUUUGAGAAGAAGAGCUCAACCUUUGGUGUAAAAAAGAACCGGAUCCUUUCUGGAAACGACCAGCUGGAAGGAACGGACCUCCUUGUUUGGCUGGUGGUGGCCGACGUCUUCCUCGCCGCAGCGCAUCAGAUUCCACCAGGACUGCAUGUGCUUCGCUUUCUUUUUUACGUCUGCCGGAGUCAAUCCCAGUCUAUCAUCGGUCCCGGUGUUUGCAGUGAUUUUUUAUGUGGUGAUGGUGUUGUGAAUC